AUUUCUUCAACAGUAUCUUACGUUGGUGCACGAUAUGAUGACUGCGGUCUUGGAGUCAGUGAAAUGAGUUACAAAAGUAAACAAGACUGCGUCAUUGCCGCACGACCCGCUUCAUUUCAUAAUUUCCUAUUGUCGCAAUCUGCUGGAUUCUUGAGAAAUUGGAUUUCUGUGGAUGUUUAUUCAUUCACUCUUCAUUUUGGAUUAAGAUCGCUGAAUAACAAUUGGAAUUAGUUCAGGAUCCCAUUAGUAAUUUAUCAGCUAGAGAAGAGACUUGUAGACGAGGGCCUAUUUCUAACCACGAUCAAAGGAUGGACAUAGUCAGGGUACAAGAUUGUUUAAUGUUCCUGGGUGUCCUGUUGUCACUCUCCUCAAUUGUAGCUGAUAACUUGCCAUCCAAGACGAAGAAUGUCAACAGAAGAGACCAUGGAUCAGCCCGUAUGGCAAGAAGCUACCCCAUAUCUUGCAAUGUGGCGGAUCUACCCUGCCUCUGCAACGGACCUACUCAAGGGACAGGACCUCUCAUCGAGUUCACCAGCAUUUCGUGUUUCCUCUCCAGCAAUUGGAACGUGACCUUGCAAAGGAUUCCCCGCACUCGGUCACUCACUCUGAACUGCCACUCCCAUGGUAAUCGGACGAACGAUCCAGCAGACCUGAAGGUGGAUCUGUUUGACAACCUCUCAGGGGUUUUGCAGGAACUCACAAUGAUUGGGUGUAAGAUUGGUAGUUUUCCAAGCGAAAUUUUCGCAGACAUGGCCCUUCUCCAAAAGCUGCUUCUGGUGUCUGCAGAUGUAGACGGUGAUCGCUUGGAGGCGAUAGGAGGAAUAAAAACAAAUGCCUCCGUCAAACUUUCCUUUAAUCCCCUCCAUUCGCUAGACGUACAUUCAUUUGGUUUUCAAUUAAGCAAUAUAUCGACACUGGAUCUGUCCUUCAACAACAUAGAGGAGAUCGGGAUUGAUACAUUUAUGAUGUUCCCCUCACUUAAAAAGCUAAUCCUGGGAAACAACAGCAUCAGCUUCGUCAUUGGAGAUGCGUUCCGUGGACUGCAAAGGCUUACAGAACUCAACAUCAGAUCCAACAACAACCUAUUUAAAGAUGAUAGCCGCUGCUUGUUUCAGAAUACUGCGUCCCUGAUCACUGUCGAUCUAUCUUCCACCGGCCUAACUAAUGCAAGUCAAUUCAACUGUGCUCCUCUUCUACAUGUAAGAAGGUUGAUUAUCCAUGAUAAUAAUUUGCCAACACUUGAUGGUUAUGUUUUCGUUUACAUGCCAAAUGUAACUUUCAUUGACUUGUCAAACAAUGCUUUACAAUAUGUCCACCCCAACGCGUUUCAUGGACUAAAUGAGUUAAAAUAUAUUAACAUGAGCGGUAAUGAUCUCCGAGAGUUCCCAGCCUUUGCUUUCAAGUCAACCCCAAAUAUAAGAUUAAUCAAUAUCUCUCACAAUCAUCUUCGUGUCAUUAGGAUGGGGACAUUCAGCAGCCUCCCUUCUCUCCAGACGAUAGAUCUUUCAUUCAAUCGGCUUCAGACCAUAGAAGUCUUUGGAAUAGUCAACCUUGAUAGCCUGACUAUGAUUGACCUCAGAUACAACGACUUUGUCCUCUUUCCCGACAAUUUGGUUUGGCCUUUCGAUAUCCAACCGCCACAUAUACCGAUAGAUACACUCCUUCGAGGUAAUAGCUUUACUUGUGGGUGUCCAGUGAUGUUGUUCAUACGUAGAGGUGAUUUUGAGUAUACCUAUCCGUUUUUCCAUCUUCCUGACAACUCGAGUUGGACUUGUAAUGCUCCAUCACCCGUAGCUGCCAAGUCUAUGAUGACAUUACCCCUUGAGGAUUUUUGGUGUCCAUACGAAAACAACACAUGUAAGCAGGGGUCGUGCGAAUGCUACAGGCGUGACAUUGAUCGAGCAAAUAUAUUCUUCUGUCCAAAUAACUCGCUACACUCCUUGCCAAACAUCCCUGCAGAAACACUCAUCUUCGACUGCAAUGGAUGUCUGAUUGACGACCACAAUACAUUGCGUGCAGAAGAUUUUCAAACAAGUGCUAAACUUGCUGUUCUUGCUCUGCGUGAUAUUGGUCUCGAAACAAUUUUAUCAGAUGCUUUGCUAGGAUUUCCCAAUCUACAACAGCUGAAUCUGUCAAAUAAUGUUUUAAACAGGUUCGACGAUAAUAUUCUUACCGAUCUAACCGACCUGCGAGAAAUAGACCUGUCUAGGAACGGAGUAAAUUCUCUCAGUUCCCGUACAUUCGACAGAAAUCCCAAUCUCACGACUAUUUACAUCCAUAGCAACGAUCUCCAGUCCCUCGAAGACGGCAUCUUCAACUCUACGUCGCAUCUGAAGGAUCUGACCUUACACGACAACCCUUUCAUUUGCAACUGUUCUCUCUUUUGGUUAAAGCAGUGGCUCCAGUCACACAUUGACGUUGUUCCUCGGCUCUAUGAUGUCGAGUGUUAUGUCAAUUCCUCGGACAAUACAAUGUACCCGAUCAUUCAGGUGGCUGACCAGGACUUCGGAUGCUCAUCUCCAGAUGUCUUGACCAUCCAGGAGUACAACGCCGUCAUUGCUACAUCAACAUUAACCUUGGUGUUCCUGAUGGUUAUGGCAGUGACGUUUCGGCAUAGAAGAGCCAUACGCGUCAUCCUCUACACCAGAUACGGAUUCCACGUCCUGCACGAUGACGACGACGAUGAUGUCGUCUUGGACAACGUCAGGUGGGAGUACGAUGCUUAUAUUGCUUACAGCGAUGAAAACAUCGAGUAUGUGCUCAAGAACAUCAUACCAAUCUUGGAAGAAGAUGUCAACCUGCCUUACAAGCUGUGCAUACGCCAUCGGGACUUCCCGCCCGGCGGAUGCAUCGCCACGACCAUUGUUACAAGUCUUGAGGCCAGCCGACGUAGCAUCAUCGUCAUAAGCAGAAGUUUCCUGCAGGAUGAAUGGCGUCUCCUCGAGUUCAAGACGGCUCACCAGCGUGUCCUUCAGGAUAAGCGAAACAAGAACCUCAUCCUCGUAUUCCUCGAAGACUUGGACAGGGAUGAGAUGGACGAAGACAUGAGGUAUUACGUCACAGCCAAUGCGUAUUUGUCGACCACGAAUCGUUUGUUUCGUGAAAACCUCCUGUACGAGAUGCCAAGACAUCCUCUGGCCGAAAUUCAUUGUGAUGGAGAUCACCAGAGGUAGAACUUGACCAAUGUCAGCGUAUAGCAGAUCAUUGAUGAUUGCCACUACUACUUGUAUUACUUAUAUAUCUGGUGUAUAUUAUAAUAUGUACACUCUAAAAUGAUAAGGAUUAAGUCAAUGUUUUGGUGGAUGUGUUCGACUGACUCUCAAAUGUUCAAAAUUGCGAUACGUGUUAAUGACCAUCCAAUCUGUAAUAAUUUACCAGUAUUUGUCUACAGACACAUAUCUAUCAACAAAUGUGUUAUGCUAACUUAUCAUUUUUAAAGAGUGCAACACUGCUUAAUCACAACAGCAAUAAAAAAAAACUUUUGUUAAUAGAAAACAAUGUUGUGGUCAUAACAAAGAAGCCGACCCAUGACCAUCCAUCGGUCAGUAGAGUCGGUUUCGUUGUUGGGACAGCAAUAUGCAUUUCAGGAUUUUAAGUAAUGAUGAAUAUAGAGUAAUACCAAUUCUUGCUCUUAUGCCUUUAAACCUAUCGAUGCAUUUUCAACUGAAAAUGAAAAACAGAAGUGUUUUUAAUUUUCUUCGUUUUUUUCUAAUUUGCAGGAGAUUGUUAAGGUUGUACUCAUGUUGGUCUUGGCAAACAAAGGUCAUUGUCUAUAAUACAUAGAUAGAGAAGACAAUAAUAACGAAACUAUAAGACCGAGACAAAAUUUACAGAAGACAUUAGAUUCUUUAUUUCACAUUGUAGUGGAUCAGUUUUAGGCGUUCAAAGUCACAUGUACAUUUCCCAUAUUUGGGCACCCAAGAAUAUUUUAUGAUUCUCUUCUUCCAGUAGCACGUAAUCUAAAGUAAGGUUCAAUUAAGAUAUAUGUUAAAGAUAUGGUAUAACUUUCAAUAGUAAAUAUAAAAUAAGACACAAUAAUUACCAGAAGAGGUUUGGUCAGCAAAGUUGAAACUUCAAUUAACAUGAUUAGCUGUCUGCGAAUAAUGAAUAAAUAGUUUCCAUGGCCCGCAUUUCGAAUCUCUAAAGAAGAAUUCAGAAUUAGGUUUCAGAGGAGCUGUAUUCUUAUCCCAAAUUUAAGACUCUUGUCUUAAACUGUGAAAUAAGUUUUGGUUAACUAUGAAAAACUGAAUUUGGCAUUUGUAUCUGAGAGCAGAGGUCAAAUCAAAUGUAUCAACGCAAUUAAUUGGCAUUUAUUGAUAAUUGUUUCGAAAUGAGAAUUCUUUUGAAAUGAUAACUGCAAUUGCUUUUCACCAUUAAAUACAUUUGUUUACACAAAGUCAUACAAAUAAUACAGUUUUA